AUGAAUCAUUGGUAUGCAAGAGUGUUUGAACCGUUAUCACGCGGUCCUGUUGUGAAACUAGUUGAGUUUAUACGAACCAAAGGAGUACUUAAAAGGUACGUCCAGUGUGUAUCUUGUAAUCAAGAUAUGGUAAAAAGACCAUACACAAGAAACAGAGAUGGCUUGGCGUUUAGGUGCCUUACUACGAGUUGUAUAAAUUAUAAAAAAUAUUUCUCAAUUCGCAACGAGUCAUUGUUAUCGAACUUGAAUGUAUCACUGAGUAGCAUACUAAAAGCGUGUUUUAAAUGGCUAAAUAACUUACACAAGUACAAAAAAGAUCUGAGGUUAAUGUGGGUAAUGAUAGUACAAUAA